AUGAACAUGUUAGCGGCAGCGCAGUGGAUGAUGAUGAGAAGAAUGCUUGGUGUGACUCUAAUGGAUAGAAUACCAAACAGUCGGCUCCACGAAAUGUUGAAGAUGCGUGAUGCUCGAAUGGUUGCAACAAGAAGAAAAUAGUUCUUCGCAAAGAAAUCGUGACGGGAGAAGAAACGUGGGCGAACGAGAUCGUAGGAUGGCGUCUCUGGGAGAAGAAAAGAUCUGUUGGACGACCACGAGCAAGUUGGCGAGAUGACUUCCGAAGCGUUGUUGGGGAGAAUUGAUCGACCGUUGCGCGCAACAACAAGGAGCUCUUCAGAUCUAUCAUGAUUCAGCAGAGCCUUUUUUAUUUUUCUGAUGUCUGAAUAAUUUGAAAUUGAAAUUGAACCGUAUAGUUAGCUGUCACGCGCAAAGCCAUUUAAAAUGCGACCCUUGUCUUUUAAGUUCCAAUUUGAAAGCUUCAGGAUCCUCCUCUUCAACGUCGCCAUGACGGACUUAAUAAGUUCCGCAGCUUUAGGAGCAGUAAUGUCAAGGUUUUCCUUUAUAAAGCUUUUUGAAAAAUCACGAAAAAAUUUUCAGAGUAUUAGUGAUUGGCGACAAUUUGGCUUACAUUUUCCACGGCCCUGUAAAAUAUUUUGGCAACAAUUUCAGCUUUCUAGGUUAUUUUUUUCCCCUUUUGAAAUAUCUCUAGUCGAACAUUUCAGUCCAUACUAUUAUGCUUCACGGCUUGAUCCACUGCGUCACCCUUACCAUAAUCUCCUUCGGAUACCGACUUUUCGUGUUGAGACACUCUUCGCCGAGCUCGCGAAACGUGUGGCUCAUCAUUCUGCUAGGCGACUUUCCGUCUUUUCUCAUGUUUGUGAGUUUUUAUUCGAAGUUCUGUUUUUUGAAAAAGUUGAUAAAUAAAAUGAAAAAAAAAACUUCAAAAAGGAAAAACUAAGUAGUGGACUCAAAAAAAAAAGUUGAUUUUAGUCAAUUUUAGCAAUUUCAAACGCAGGUGCACGAGGAAGUCGGAAGAUAAUUUUUGGCGGGAAACACACAUUUAAAAUUGAUACGAAGUUUGACGUGUUAGAUAUUUUUUUACUUUUGCCAUAUUUUAUUUUAUUUUUUUAAACUUCUUUCUUCCUUCAACUUGGAUUAUGGAUUUAAUUUUCUAUAUGACUAAUAAUAAGUGGAAAAAAAAGAAGGCUGGAAAAAAGAUCUUAUUUUGAAAUCCAGAAAGUCUCAUUCUAUAAAAUUAUCUUUUUCCAAAAAAUUCAUCGAAAAAGUUGAUUACAAAUGAUUCUAAAACGAAGAAUAUAAAAUCAAAAAUCGAAAGCCUAUUUUUCCAAACUUCGGCUAUUUUUAAAACUUCCAUCCUACCAAAAAAAAACCUGGUGAGAAAGUUAAGGGUAAGAUCAGGCAGAAUUCAAAAAAUUGAAAAUUUUGAAAGCUUUGCAAAGGCUAUUUUCCAAAUUUCCCCAACAUUUUCCUACAUUUAUUCCGGUAUUUUUGAAGCUCGUUUGUAGGAAUGAAACAAAAAAAUAAAUGAUAAAAAAAGGCAAAAAAAGUUUCAGGUGACUUUCAUGUGCUCCCUGGAAACGGACAAUACAUUAAUCGAAACUCUGAAAAAAGAACGGAACGAUAUCGAUUGGAACGUCGUUACACACGUCUUCCUAACCUCCGUCUAUGCUAUACCUCUAGGAAGUGAGUGGAAGGGAAAAUCCCGAAACGUAUUACUUCCAAAAAUCGCAGGCUGUUCUUUCUAUCUGUUCAUUGUCAUGACAGUCGGCUGUUUUUCGGUGAUUAUAAUCAGGAGAAAAGCUAAUUCGAUUCUGCAAAGUGCUGAUAAUUCGCUGAGUGCUACGACAAAGCGAUUUCACAAAGCGCUGAUGAAGGUUUGCGAGACUUUCAGCUGUAAUCGUACUUAGGAACACCAGAGUGGUGCCUAGAGGGAUUAAGGUGAAAAUUAAGAUGAAUACAUGUAAAUGUUUUUUUCACCCUGCAGGAACCACUUAAGCUUUAGAGGCUGGGGUCAGACCUUAAACCCCUAAAGAGAGCUCCUAAAUUGUAUUCCUUUAGGGAGCUCUGCUUCGUCCUCGCCCUCUAGAGUGGCCUACGGCGCGCCCCUCCUCUUAUUCUUAAUAUUUUUCGUUUUUCUUUUCUGUUUUCGCAUACAACAUGUUAAAAUCAUUGUUUUUAUAACAAAAACGAGAAGCUAGCUUGAGUUCAAAAAAUUGGUCUGUGGUCCCUAUCUAUAGACCACGCCGACGUUCUUAAAGGCAUAGGGGCAGUAAAAAAUGGGGUUUCAGGUGAAAGCAGUACUUUGUAAAGUUUUUCAUUAAGAAUCGAACGGUGAACUUGGAAACGUACAGAAGUUCCUAGUUUUAAAGAAAAAAUCAUUCAAAGUCGGAGAGAGGAAAGUUUAAGUUUCCGCGAAAAGGGCGCUUUGCAAUAAAGUUGCUCUAUGGACAACGGGCUUCGCCAACUUCCGGAUUUUUGGUUUUUUCUUCGUUUCUUUCAAUUUUCAAUUUUUUCUGUUGUCACCAAAGUUCUUUCCGUCACAAAAGCUUUCUAUUCAUGUAUAAUUUGCAAACUUUAAUCGCAAAAAUGCUUUUCUGGGGAAAAAUGAUGCUUUUACACAGGUUUCGAUUUGGAUUGCGAUAUUUUGUGUUUUCUUUAUUAUCGGUGUGUGUUUUUUGUUUGACUGAAUAUUUUUUUCAGAGUAGAAACCCUUGAUUUGAAGCAGAUAGCCGGUUAUUUCACACAAAAUGCGAGUCUAAUGAGACGUCCGCAACAUCGCGUGCACAGCUACUGUAAUCAGUUGUCCGUAGAUCGAUCCAAAGCAUUUUUCAAAAAUAAAGACGGGAAAGUAAAAUCGCGUUUUUCUUCUAAAGUUGUCACAUCUGUAUUUUUUUGAGUACACAAUUCGAUUCGCAAUGAAAAACUAUAUAAGAUACUGCUUUCACCUGAAACCCCAUUUUUUUCUGCCCCUAUGCCUUUAAGUAGUGAUUCUAGGAAAAGAAAAACUCUGUAGAACAACUCCAGAUCUUCUUUGAAAAUAAAAGAUGAAUUUCCAGGCCCUGGCGGUACAAGCGUCCCUUCCCUUCCUCAUGUACAUCGCCGACCUCAAUUUCUGCUAUUUAUGCCUCUUCCAAGUUCAUUCUUCCCCCCUCGAAAACUCGGUUCUUAUGCUCUCGAUGGUUCCUCCAGCUCUAUCUCCAAUCAUGUCCAUCUACUACAUUCGACCUUAUCGGUUUGUCUGGAUUUGAACUCAAAGAAUGCAAAUAAUUAUUUCAGAGUGGGUCUGCAAGAAUGGACGAAAAAACUUUUCGGAGUUUCUUCAAAGUACGUACCGAAGAAUUCAAUCAAUGCACUAACUAGGACGAAUCCACGCCUCAGUAGAAGUUUCGCUUCGGAUCUGUGA